ACCAAUCUCCGCCCCUCCCGGCCUGACCCGGAGUGACGAAGGAGCGCUCCCCAGAAGCUCAACAACCUGUUGAAAGACUCGGGGCUCCUCCAAUCUCCGCCCCUCCCGGCUUGACCCGGAGUAGCGAAGGAGCGCUCCCCAGAAGCUCAACAAACUGUUGAAUGACUCGGGGCUCCUCCGAUCUCCGCCCCUCCUGGCCUGACCCGGAGUGACGAAGGAGCGCUCCCCAGAAGCUCAACAACCUGUUGGAUGACUCGGGGCUCCUCCAAUCUCCGCCCCUCCCGGCCUAACCCGGAAAGGCGAAGGAGCGCUCCCCAGAAGCUUGCCCGCACGCGCCACGGUAACUUGGAGGCGGCGAGGACACGCGCAGACAUGUCCACACUCCUCCUCCUCCUCCUGGCCCCCGCUGCCAUGAUGCUGGAGUAUCGUUACCACAGCAACGGCGAGAUGGAGCGCUACCUCUGGCAGGUCAACACCUCCCACCCUGACAUUGCUCACCUGUACUCCAUCGGCCAUUCAGUCGCAGGUCAGCAGCUGUGGGUGUUGGCUUUGGGUCUGAGCCCCCGUCGUCACACUGUUGGCGUCCCCGAGUUCAAGUAUGUGGCCAACAUGCACGGAAACGAGGUCCUGGGCCGCGAGCUGCUUUUGCGUCUGGUGGACGAGGUGGUGCGUGGUUACCGUGGUAACGAGACCUGGUCAGUGCGGCUACUGGAGAGCGCCCGCAUCCACAUCCUGCCCACCAUGAACCCUGACGGCUUUCAGGACUCUGACACACACUGUCAGAGGAGCCAGGGCAGGUUCAACCGUAACGGCGUCGACUUGAACAGGAACUUCCCGGACGCCUUUGCCGUCCUGCAGGAGGGUCAGCCGGCAGACGUGGAGAGGAGAGAGGCUGAGGUGCAGGCCGUGAUAGGCUGGUUGAAGACGGAGACCUUUGUCCUCUCGGCGAACCUUCACGGUGGCGCUCUGGUGGCAAACUACCCAUACGACAACAGCAAUGGCGGCAAAGAGCUGGUGGGUCGGGCCAGCCUCACGCCGGACAACGACGUGUUCGUCCACCUGGCCAAGGUCUACUCCCACAACCACGCCUCCAUGCAUCAGGGAGGGGGCUGUGACGACGAUGUGUCGUUUGCCGACGGCAUCACCAACGGCUACCGGUGGUACCCCCUGUCAGGUGGGAUGCAGGACUACAACUACGUGUGGGCUCAGUGUCUGGAGCUGACUUUGGAAGUGUCCUGCUGCAAGUUCCCUCCAGCCAAACAACUUCCUGCUCUGUGGUUAGACAACAGGAAGAGUCUGCUGGCCUUCAUCCAGCAGGUGCACCUGGGGGUCAAAGGGCGUGUGUUUGAUGCCUCUGGAGUGCCGGUGCAGAAUGCUGUGGUGGAGGUCCAAGGUCGCCGCAACAUGUGUCCCUUUAGGACGGACAAACAUGGAGAGUACUACCGACUGCUGCUGCCUGGAACCUACACCUUCACGGUGACGUACCCAGGUCACCGUGUGUUGACGGAGACCUUUUACGUGCCAUACGGUCCGGACCACAACUCGGCCCUCCAACACGACUUCCUGCUGCGUCGCAUCGCCAUGACGACCAUCAACCCGUCACCCCGAGUGGAGGCGGCGGGGACCAGCAAUAAACCCACCCAGACAAUGACGGUUAUGGGACUCGGGCUGAUGCUCACGCUCAAGUCAUUCUUCAGCUAAAGCCAGGGUCACAGGGGGUGCUGGAGCCUAUCUCAGCUGCAUUCAGGCAGAAGGCAGGGUACACCCUGGACAAGUCGCCACCUCAUGGCAGGGCCAACACAGAGAGACAAACAUUCACACUCACAUUCACACACUAGGGACCAUUUAGUGUUGCCAAUCAGGUGCAUGUCUUUGGAGGUGGGAGGGGCCUAUCCCCAGGUGCAUGUCUUUGGAGGUGGGAGGGGCCUAUCUCCAGGUGCAUGUCUUUGGAGGUGGGAGGGGCCUAUCUCCAGGUGCAUGUCUUUGGAAGUGGAAGUGGGAGGAAGCCGGAGUAACCGGAGUGAACCCACGCAGUCACGGGGAGAACAUGCAAACUCCACACAGAAAGAUCCCGAGCCCGGGAUUGAACUCACGACCUUCGUAUUGUGAGGCACAUGCACUAACCCCUGUACCGUUUUUUCCUUUAUUUCCAGACAAAUCAUUAUUUUGUAAUUACUACCUCAAGCAGAGCUGUGACUUCCUGUCACGUAGAACACUGACUUCCUGUCUGCAGCAGCACUUCCUCUCCCGAUGCCAACUUCCUGUAGAGUUGAGACAGUUCGUCAGGGGUUGGCCUCUUGGACUCUGGGGUGCAGGGAAUGUCAAAGUCCGACGACGCCUGAGACUCGGGUAACUCUUCCGGGGAGCCGCUGGCGUUCUGUGAAUGGAUGAAGGUGCGAGGAGGAUCUGAGUCCUGGUUCUGUGAGGAAUGGUUGGACAAGGAGGCGGACAGAGCCAGACUGAAGUUGUCAUCCGGGCUCUCCUCCUGUUCGCUGAACACUUCAGGUGUCUGUGAGUCUGUCCUCCUGGAGGGGGAGGAGCCUGGGACGGAGCAGGGCUCUGAUUGGCUGUUGAGGCUGUUCUGGCUGUCCGGUAGGGUCUCCACGGUAAAGAAGUCCUCCCACCUGGGGGGCUCACCUGAGCUACGUUCCGCCCGGGUGUUGACUUCCUCGUCGCUCGCCUCGUCCUCGUCUUCGUCAUUGGACUCGGUACAGUCCAUGUAGUUGUUUGUGCUGGGUGGCAAGAGUGUCGCAUGCACUAAGUCCUCCUCAGAGGCAGGGGGUGCUGUGUUGUGCGGGCUGGGAGCUGUCAAACCAAAACCAGUAAUUAGCAUGUUUGUGCUGACAAGAAGCUUAAACGCAGACGCACCGUCUUCAACGUGGUGGCUCAGCGCUAGCUUCUUCCUCACUGGCGCCGUGUCCAUCCCGUCAAAGAGCUCAUCAUCGCUGUCGGAAUCUGAUUGGACAAGAGCGAGUGUCAGGGAGCACAAUUAGUAACGGGCCACAAGACAAGUCGCGAUUAGUCUUACCACAAGGCGUUCUCAUGGCUACGCUGCGCUUGAGCGCCCCUAGUGGUUUGUACGUGAACGCUUCCUCUGGCUGCUUCCUGCACAUCUGCUGGAGCCUGUUGGAAGUAGGACACUUUAGACCAGACCUGGGAACAUAAACGCCCGGGGACCACAUGUGGCACGUCAAGCUUUUCAAUCUGGCCCGCCGGACAUUCCCAAAUAUUUUUUUUAGAUUUUUAAGAUGGAAACUAGCUGCCAUUAUGAUGUGCAGUGAUGUUUUCUAAUAACUGUAAGUCUUGAACUAUACAAAGUAUUUCAAUGUUUGAAAUCUGCACUUUUGCAUGAUAUACUAGUUACUAUGGUCAUCUAAUUAGUUAGUAUGGUCAUCUCAUUAGUUACUAUGGACAUCUAAUUAGUUAGUAUGGUAAUCUCAUUAGUUACUAUGAUAAUGUAAGUCACAGCAGCUCAUGCGAGGCACCAAGCAGUGUGGGUGGGCAGCAUUUCCACAGAGUGUUUCCAGAGUGGCCAGCCUGAAAUGCGGGUGUCAGGGACAGAUGCGGAAGGAUACUUGCCAACCUUAAGACCUCCGAAUUCGGGAGAUGGGGGCGGCGGGGUUGUUUUGUGGUAGCGGGGGUGUAUAUUGUAGCGUCAAGGAAGAGUUAGUGCUGCAACAGGUUCUGGGUAUUUGUUCUGUUGUGUUUAUGUUGUGUUCUCCCGAAAUGUGUUGGUCAUUCUUGUUUGGUGUGGGUUCACAGUGUGGCGCAUAUUUGUAACAGUUUUAAAGUUGUUUAUAAAGCCACCCUCAGUGUGACCUGUAUGGCUGUUGAUCAAGUAUGCAUUACAUGCACUUAUGUGUGUCUAAAAGCUGCAUAUACUAUUUGACCCGGCCGGCCUGCUGUUUGUAUGGAGGAAAAGUAGACAUGAAGACAGGUUGUAAAGGACGCUAAAGGCAGUGCUUUUAAGGCACGCCCACAAUAUUGUUGUCCAGGUGGAAAUCGGGAGAAGUUUGGGAGAAUGGUUGCCCUGGGAGAUUUUCGGGAGGGGCACUGAAAUUCGGGAGUUUCCUGGGAAAAUCGUGAAGGCUGGCAAGUAUGCACGGAAGUAGAUUUUUACCACAAAGUUCUAAAGCUUAGUGAUGUAUCAGAUUGUAGGUGGGGUUUUUUACCCUUUGCGUUCAUAUUUUGCUGUGUUUGUUGCCUUUUUGUUGCAUUUCGCCUGAUUGUAAAACAUGUCGAUCGAGAGGGGGCGUGAUGUCAUAUGUUGUCAAUAUUCAGUGUUUUAUUGUUCAUAGUUAAUAUUGUAAAUCCCACAUUUUUUAUUUUCAUGUACAUUCUGGGUGUCUCAUUUAGUAAAAAAAAUUUAAAUUCCAUUCGGGUUUUUUUAUAGCGGUCUGUCAUAACGUUCUAGCAUUCAAUCAGACUUUAUUGUGAGGUUUUGUAUUAGUGUUCCUAAAAACAGAUAUACUGGCCCCAGACACACUUUUCCUUUAAAUUUGGCCCCCAAGUCAAAAUAAUUGCCCGGCCCUGCUUUACGUCUUCGGCGUGUCAAAGAGCACACAUGUAGCAUGUCGGCUGGCUUGGUUCAUUACAGCCACUUACAUCUGCGUGACUUGGUUGACCGUGUGUCCCAGCGGGAUGACGUUGGGAUAGACGUGGACAGGCUGGAGGUGGGACAGGAAGUCUUUAAUCUGAAAAAUAGAACAGAGUGACUGGCGUUGUGUGAUUUUCUGUGAUUAAAGAAGGAAGUAAACAGACCUCACAAUAGGACGAGUGGAAGCUGAAACAGGCUCGGAAGGACGUGCUUCCUGAUCUGGAAGGAAGAAGAAGAUGAUGAUAAUCUAUACAUGUACAACAGUGGCUCAGUUUUUUUCACCAACAUUCUUCAACUUUGUCCUUUUUAUUAGUUUACUGUCUCUGUCAUCGUCGGUCAACUCGGGAGCGAUCAUGUUUUUGCUGGGUUGGAAAUAAAAAUAGUGACAUCA